UCCAUCUCUCCUGCGGUUCGCGUACUUCGAGUUAGUUUCUGAUCAGAGAAAUUUAAAGAUGACUGAAAAGAAUGGGGAAAUUCAUCAAGCUUAUGAUCCUGAAAAAUUACAAACAGCAUCCGAAAGCCGAGAGGAAGAUGAAGAGAAGCUAGAUCAACUGAUAAAGCAGGGAAGUACCAUGACCAGUACUCGGCAUAAAAAUGAAUCAGAUAUUACAAAGAUACAAAUUGUUGUCGAUGUUAUGAGGAAACGUGAAGAGUUCAAGGACUGGCAUAAGCCAAAAGUAUUGUCAAUUGGUCCAACUCAUGCCUCAGACUCCGGUUUGUCAAAAUACAAAGAUCUCAAGAUGACACUGGCAGCUAAAUUCCUCAAAGAAAGCGGCAGCCCAUGGCGACGUUCAUUUAAACUAGUCAAAAAGAAGAUCAUUAUCUUAAAGAAUUUCUUUGACCAGGAUAUAAUUUCAAAGUACGAUGAUGAUUCUUUGGCUUGGCUAUUGUUCAUGGAUGGGUGUGCAGUACUAGAAUUCAUACACAUCUACUGUACAUCGGAGUUAGAAGAUUUGAAGAUUAGUAGCGGUGAUGCGGCUUUGAUCCAGGAGGAUUUGUUUUUGUUGGAGAACCAAAUUCCCUACAAACUACUUGAGCUGUUGAUGAAGACGAUAAAGGAGGAUGAUGAUGAUGAUGAUGAUGAUGAUAAGAAGGUCGGGUAUUCAGCAGCCAUCUUUUCCAUAGUUCUUAACAACAAUGUUAUGGGGCCAAUAGACUACUUCCAUCCUCAGUUUUUUGAGAUGUUUGAACGUUUAGUAAAAAAAUCAGAAAAAAAUCCGAAACAUCUUCUUCAUCUUCUCCGAUCCACAUUACUUGAUGAUGAUAAAAGUGAUGAUGAUGAAAGAGAUGAUGAUGAAAAUUAUCACAAUGAUAGUAAUGGUGAUGAUGAAAAGGAUGAUGAUGAUGAAAAUGACAAUGAUGAUGAUGAUGACGAUGAUAAUGAUGAUGAUGAUGACGAUGAUGCAGAUGAAGGCCUGAAGUCUGUUUACGAAGGGCUGCUCAAAAUGUUAAAAGACGAGCAGGAAUACGACACAACGAACGAAAUGUUAGAACACAUGCAGCAAGACAACAAAAUGUCUUUUCGAAAUGUCCAAGAAAUUAAAUCAGCAGGGAUAAAGAUAAGACCCAGUGGAAGGGAAAACAUGAAAUUCGUAUCGUUCAGUACUCGUUGGUUUGGCAUUUCUGCUUACCUUAACCUACCUCCAAUAAAUGUGGAUAACACAACUGCAUGCAAGCUGUUGAACCUAGUUGCUUAUGAAAUGUGCCUCACGGAUGAGAAAGCUUCUCCUUUGGUUACUUCUUAUGUCCACUUAAUGGAUUUGCUUAUCGACAAUGAAAAAGAUGUGAAAGUAUUAAGGAAAGCUGGCAUACUUCGUCACCGUCUAAGUAGCGAUAGCGAAGUAGCUCGUUUGUUCAAUAACUUAGGCUCAAACUUGGUGCUCGGCAAUGAGGAAGACGUCUUCAUAGAAGUCAAGAAACAAAUAGACAAACACUGCGUAAGAAGGACGCCAAAAUGGGCAGCUGAAUUCCGUCGUAACCACUGCAAAAGCCCCUGGGCUUUAAUGUCAUUCAUCCUUGUUUUAAUAGCGGCUUUCUUGACACUAAAACAGUUCUCUUCUACCAUCUUUCCCGCGGGCCGGAGAUCUUCUUUCAAUGGCAUAGCUGAUUUGAAAAAAUCCUACUAGCUAAGUUGCAUUAUAUUCCAGCUUGUUUCUACGUGUCAUUAUAGAUCCACUAUGUUAUUAGUUGAAGUUUAUUAUCAGCAUAUUAUACCUUAUCUUCUCUGUAUUUCUAGGUGUGUAAGUGAUUUUCAUCAUGUUUGUACUAUAUAUCAAUAUGAUGUUUCCAUGUAAUGUGUCUUUGAUAUAAUCGUUGGUUCUUCUUAAUUAUGUUAGAACAAUUGAUAUCUACACCUUCUU